UUAAAAUACAAGUCAUCACCGCACGGGGAAAGAGACAAGUUGCUUUAUGUGCACAAGAACCCGGUGGUUUUACUAACUAUAUUAUACUUUGUACAUCAGUCGUACGUAUUUGACAGGCACUGUCGACCUAAUGCCGUGGUUGUCAUGAUUCCUUCGUUUCGUUUGUAAAGUUUUCUGGACUUGCUGGCCAGCUAUCAAGCUCACUAGGUCGGCAACAUUGUAGCCUGCUGUUAUCGCUUCAACAAUCUCCCCCUCCGCUGGAGAUCUGCGACUGUUGCAAGUCGUUUUGGGGCACUUCUGUCGAAAUAACCAUGAAUGGAGGAGGCGGUCACAUGAGUGGCGAAGGAGGUGAGAGUCGCGGGGGUGAAUCUGGAUCAAGACCCACUAUCACGCUAGAGGACUUGGAUGCUUUCAACGAGGAUGACUUCGAUUCAGACCUCUGCAGAAGCGGGUGGGCGGAUGGGGUAAACGAUGCUAUGGAAGAAGAGGGUCAGGAUCGCCUGUUAAACUACUGGCAGGACAUUGGCAGAGAGCAUCAUGUUCAAAUUCCCCAGGACAUGGCCCAGCCCAUCCAACAGCUCACCUCAGACACAGAGAGCAUGACGGACAGGGAGAAAGUCCCCUUCACACUGAUCACAUGCAAAGAGAAUUAUGAGAAGAGAGUCUACAACCAGGCCAGCUGGGCGUGUAUCACUGUGCGAGAGGACACGUACGAGCAGAGCAUCUGUGCCGGCUUCAUGAAGCUCAUGAGAUAUAUCUGCCAGCAGAAUACCUCAGGUAAUUACCUGGGUAUGACCCUUCCCAUUGUGACGGUGGUGAGGACUGAUGACUCCCGCUCCAGCCUAUCCAGAGAUGUGACGGUGGCCUACUACUUACCAUCCCAACACCAGGACCAACCCCCCACGCCCUUUGACCCUGACAUCACCAUGGAGACAUGGCCUGCCACCGUAAUCUACAGCAGGUCGUUCAGUGGACCCACUACUGAGACCUCUAUCCUAGGGGAGAUCCAUGCUCUGGGCGAGGUGCUGGACUCUCCACAGCUGUGUGUGAGCGAGUCCUUCAUCGUGGCCGGCUAUACCAGCCCCGCAGCCGCACACCGACACAACGAAGUCUGGUUCCUGGAGCACUGCUGAAGUGGCUAUGUAGCUCUACAUUAUUAACACAAAGUAAAAAAUUGAUAAACACUCAUUACAGCGAACCAAAUCGAAAUAGCAGAAUUUCAUAAAUUUGGUACAGUUUACGUCAAGGAAACGAGUACACAAGUAUGCUUCAUUUUUAAAAUAUAUUUUAAUUGGGCUGUGGUCUCAGGCAGAUAAUAUAUAAUACAGUUUUUUACGAUCACUUUGGCACAAUUUCAGAACCAAAACUCAAAACGGUCAUCACUUGUAACACAGGCUGUCCCAUGUUCAAAACAUUGCAUUGUGCAUUCAUAUAUUUAAUGAAACCUUGCACUUGCAAAAUCAUUAUUUCAAAUAACAAAUGUAUCAUGAAAUACCAUAGGAACAUUAAUUUAGAUCACCCACACACAAGAUACAGAGUUUCACUAUGUAGUUGGUCGUACACACAUUAUAUAUUGUAGUACAAAAUAUGUGAUACAUGUAGUACCAUAAUGAAACAUGUAAGUACAUCACUAAAAUAACUAGUAGAGCGAAUACUACAGACACAGUGGAAUCAUUGAACAAAAUGAGACAUUUAUUGAUGAAAUACAAGUCACAACAGGUUUCUUUGAAUCAAAGCUAAAAUAAUUAGCUACAAAAAAAUUAAGAAACUACAGUAAAACGUCAACUGCAGUGUUCCUCACCUGGCUUACUGUAAAAAGCUAAACAAAGGAUUGAUUACUGUACUUCUAUAUUUCCAUCAAACCUGUCUUGUGGGUUUGGCCACAGGUUCUCAUCCACAUCACAAUGGAUGUUUUCAUUAGUCAAACAUCUUGGGAAGAAUCUUCGGGCGAAUCCAGGCCUGACACAGGUUAGCCGUGAUGUCAUUGCAUGCAUCAUCCAUGGCCUGGAGAAGAGUGGCUUGUUCAUGAGGGCACCUAUCAUAUACCUUCCACCACCAUGUGGAGAAAAUUCCUCAAUUGGGUUAAGGAGAGAAUGGGGGUAAGUACAGGGUGGUAAAUUGUGGAUGGGCCUGAAACCAUGCUUGCACCAUUUGAGCAUGGUGGAACCUGACAUUAUCCCACACAAUGACAUAUGUCACGCCAUCAGCUCUACAGACCUGAUUUAGCUCAUGAAGGAAGGUUACAAGGAGAGCUGCAUUAUAUGAUCCAAUAUGAGGUCUGCGUCCCACCACACCAUCUUCCGAUAUAGCAGCACACAUGGUGAUGUUGGCCCCACUUUGUCCAGGUACUUGGAUGGUUGCACGCUGGCCAAUUAAAUUCCGACCUCUCCUCCUUGUCUUGGCCAGGUUGAAGCCUGCCUCAUCCAAAAAGAGGAAUUUGUGAUGGUUUUUGUUAGCAUCCAGCUCCAUCACCCUCUAAAAAGAGAAUUACUGAUUACAAUGAUGUAGAUUUUUGGGGUUAUGUUUCACAACAGGCAUCUUGAAACUGAACAUACUCGGUCCUCAGUUGCUUCACUCUGUCUGCAUUUUUUUCAAAAGGCACAUGGUAUAGCUGGUUUAGAGACACCUGGUGCCUUUUCAGCAUGUGGCUUCCACACUUUUCAACGUAUGGCUUCCACAUUGUUGAACAUUGUCCAAGAUGUGCUGCCGAUUUCUGUAAGAUGAAUAUCAUUUCUGGCCAGAACCAAAUUGACCACAGACCGCUCUUACAGGUCAGUCAGAAUUUUGCUUCUGCCUCCCCUAUUUGGCCUAGUCUCAAUUCUGCAGGGAACAUUACAGUAAGACAGGUAGGCCAGUUGAGAACAAGUUCUCAUUUACAACUGCGACCUGGCCAAGAUAAAGCAAAGCAGUGCGACAAAAAAACACCAGAGUUACACAAACAAACGUACAGUCAAUAACACAAUAGAAAAAUCUUUGUACAGUGUGUGCAAAUGUAGAAGAGUAGGGAGGUAAGGCAAUAAAUAGGCCAUAGACGUGAAAUAAUUACAAUUUAGUAUUAACACUGGAGUGAUAGAUGUGCAGGUGAUGAUGUGCAAGUAGAGAUGGUCACAUCACCUACUCUGUGGUACACAUUGGCAUGCAGUAUACAGUCAUUUGACAAUUGAGAGUAGCCUGAUGUCUAGUGCAUGCUGAAGACUUACUGAUUCUAAUUGCAGAAAGUUCUGAUGAUUGAGGCCACGGUUGAUUUUCUGAGGUUUGGUUGAGUCAUUGUAGCUGCCUCAGUCAUUGUCCUGCCAUGAUUUACGACAUGGUCUGCAACUAUUGCUCGGAUUUCAUUGGACACUUUGCUGUUGUUGCCACUGUCUUGGUCCGUGGCCUUGUCCUCUACCACGUUCCCCCACACCUCCUCAAACGAGGCCCACGACAAGCACCCCUUCUGAGUAGUGGUCCCCUGACAUUCCUUUGACCACCACGUCUUCCUCGUCUUCUUCCUCGCACUGCUUGAACUCUAUUGUGACCUGGAUCACCUGCCAGCUCCAUGUUAUCUCUGUUGUUGUAGGUGGAUACCAUUCAUUUCACUAUAUACUCGUACCACAAUGUGAAAUUAAUCAUCAGUAUUGGAAAAGCAAUUACAAGGGUCUUCAUACAUACUCACCGGACACUUUAUUAGGUACGCCUGUGUGUUAACGCAAAUCACCUGCUCCUCUGAACAGUGAAUCAUGUGGCUGCCUGCAAGUCAGUAUAUAGCGUGUAUAGAGUUGAGAGCUUUAGUUGUUGUUCGACCAAACAUUAGAAUGGACAAGAUGCGUAAUCUAAGCAACUUUGGCCGUGGUAUGAUUAUUGGUGCCACAUGGUGAUUCCAGCAUCUCAGAAACAGCUGCCCUCCUGGGAUUUUUACGCACUACAGUCUCUGGAGUUCACAGAGAAUGGUGCGAUAAACAAAACGCAUUCAGUGAGCGACAGUUCAGUGGGAAAAAACACCUUGUUAAUAAGAGAGGUCAGAGGAGAAUAUCCAGACUCAUUCAAGCUAACAGAAAGGCCACAAAUGGUGUGCAGAAGGGCAUCUCUAAACGUACAACUCCGUGAAUAAUUCAGGCUGUUGUGGAGGCAAAAGGGGGUCCUACCCAGUACUAGAUAAGUGUACAUAAUAAAGUGGCCGGUGAGUGUACAGUCAUGUCAAAUCUAAAAACAUGGUCUGGAAAAGUGGUACAUGGGACCAUAGAAACAGUGUCUGAUAAAGAGUGAUGAUGAAAUAUUACACCCAUAGAUAAUAUAGUCCAAUUGGUUCAUGUUCCACGGUAAUUGGUGUCAAUGGAUCUCGUUAUCCUGAAACUUUCAUGAUCUAAACAUGUAAUAUUGUUUGUCAGUUUCCAUAAAACUGCAUUAAGAGUAAUGCAACAGUUACUUAUCAUUUUGAGCAGUUGUAUCAAUUGAUAGUUAGAUCAUUGUAAUGAAAUGAAUAGGCAGUCAUCUCAGAUGUAAUGUGUGAAUUGCAUUUUGAAAUGGUAGUACUUUAAGUUGUUAUUUUGAACAGGUGAUUUUAGUUCAAUGAACAAAUUCUUAGCUUUAUAUGUAUUGUAUCCAAGCAAUUGGAAAAAGUGUUAGAUUUAAAAAUGUGCAUUUUGAUCAUCGGUUGUGAGUUGUCUAGAGUUUCGAAAAAUGACAUCAAGGUUCUGAAAUUAGUGCCAAAGGGAUUGCAACAAACUAAUAUAUAAUAAUAUAUGCCAUUUAGCAGAUGCUUUUAUCCAUGACCCUUGGUGUUGUAAGCCCCGUGCUCUACUGACUGAGCUACACAGGACUGCAAUAUGUGUCUCUCCAAAUAUCUACAGCUUUCUCAUCACAUCAGUAUGUCAAUUUACUUUACUGUAUUAAAUGUAGUUUUACAGGGACAGUUCACAUUAAGUGCCUGUUUUUAGCCGGCCGGCUAGUUUAACUGCAGUCCCUGGGAAGGAUAUUAAACACAAUUUAAGAUGACAAGCACAUAAUGAGCACAUGCAGCGCAGCACAGAGUACAACAGGACAAGGAAACGUAUGACAAGCAGACAGACGGAGCAUGUAGUAUCGUUAAGACCGAGGUAUUUCACAAGAGUUCAGCUCAGGAGCUCAUGGUUUCUAAGGAUGUUGCAUUUCAGGCUCUAUUGUCAGUGGGUGUUCAUCAGCUUGGUGCCAGUCUGUUACUGUGUGUCGGCCAUAUUGUUGGGCAAGGCAACAGUUUUCAGUUGUUAGAUACAGGAGUGGUUGUACAUAGCGUACCUACUACGCUGUGUGGAUGGAAUAUGGUGCUUUCAUCAUUGUAACCUCUCUGGGAUAGGCGGGACGCUUGCAUCCCACUUGGCCAAUAGCCAGGGAAAAUGCAGAGCCCCAAAUUCAAAUAAAAUAAUAAUUUAAAAAUCAAACUUUUGUUAAAUCACACAUGUAAGAUACCAAAUUAAAGCUACACUCGUGAAUCCAGCCAACAUGUCAGAUUUCAAAAAGGCUUUUCGGCAAAAGCAUAAGAUGCUAUUAUCUGAUGAUAACACAACCGUAAACAGAGAGAGUAGCAUAUUUCAACCCUGCAGGCGCGACACAAAACACAGAAAUAAAAAUAUAAAUCAUGCCUUACCUUUGACAAGCUUCUUUUGUUGGCACUCCAAUAUGUCCCAUAAACAUCACAAAUGGUCCUUUUGUUCGAUUAAUUCCGUCGAUAUAUAUCCAAAAUGUCCAUUUAUUUGGCGCGUUUGAUCCAGAAAAACACAGCUUCCAAUUUGCGCAACAUCACCACAAAAUAUCUCAAAAGUUACCUGUAAACUCUGUCAAAACAUUUCAAACUA